ACCGGCUGCGGACCAAGUCCAUUUCAUGAACCCUUAUUUUAUUCUCUUUUAAUCUGAGCUUGACGAAUCGUAUUUUAAAUUUGUGUUUUCAUUUCUAUAUGGUUUGAUUUUGGACUUUUCCAUUACACAACUACUUCUGUUCAAAUCUGAGAUAGCUACUUAAGAUGAUUUAUAGAUCUUAUCUCUAAAUAUAUGGACAAAGUAUAGAAGAAACAGAGCAAACCCGGAUAGAUUUUUUUCUUCUUCAAGCUCUGUUCUACUGUUCCUGAGCUUUCAAGUUCCUACCUUUAAAGAUAUUCAAAUCUCAGCUUUUUUCAGUUUGUUUAUGCCAUUGUGAGAUUUAAGAGAUGGGACCAGGAGUUCUAGGAAUCUCAAACAAGGUUUCAUGGGUUCUUCUCAUCGUUGUUCUUUCCUUGAAUUGCUUCCAACUGUUGAUAGCUGAAGCUCAACUCUUACCAGAUGCAGAAGUAAAAGCACUCAAAAACAUAGCCACGAAAAUGAACAAUAGCUAUUGGAGCGUGAGUUCAAGUUCCUGCAGCGGGGGUACUGGUUUAAACCACACCUUCGACUCUAACCGCUUCAGCAAUGUCAUUUGUAACUGCUCUACUACUGUUUGCCAUGUCACAAAUAUUCUGCUAAAGGGGAUGAACCUUACUGGAGUUUUACCUGAAGAAUUCGCUGAUCUCCCCCAUUUGCAAGAAAUAGAUCUGAGUCGAAACUAUCUGAAUGGAACAAUUCCUACUCGUUGGGCGGAGAUCCCUCUCGUCAACAUCUCUCUUUUGGGAAACCGCAUCAAUGGAUCAAUUCCUAAGGAGAUUGGUAACAUCACUACGCUGGAGCAGCUGGUCUUGGAAGAUAACAAUUUUGAAGGAACCCUUCCCCCAGAGCUUGGUAAUUUAACACGGUUGAAUAGAUUCAUUGUUUCUGCAAACAAUUUCACAGGAAUUAUACCGGAAACAUAUGGCAAGCUUACUAGCUUGGUAACAUUUAUGAUAGAUGGGACUGGCAUCUCUGGGAAGAUCCCUUAUUUCAUUGGGAACUGGACUAAACUUGAUAGACUUGAUAUUCAGGGCACGUCCUUGGAGGGCCCUGUUCCUCCUAAUAUCUCCCUCUUAAAAAACAUAACUGCACUGAGGGUAUCUGACCUUGAUGGGUCAAAUAUCAGUUUUCCUUUCCCUGACUUGCAGAAUCUGACAAAUAUAAGUGAAUUGAUACUGAGAAAUUGUUCUCUUACGGGUCCAUUCCCAGAUUACAUUGGAAAACUGAUGCCAAAGUUAAAAACUCUAGACCUGAGCUUCAACAGGUUGACUGGUCAAAUUCCAGAUUUUGGGAGUUCAACGAAUCUAGUAAAUUUGUUUCUCUCUAACAAUUUGCUGACUGGAGAAGUACCAAAUUGGUUCUUUUCACAAGGCAACAUAAAAAUUGAUAUAUCCUACAACAAUUUUACUGGAUACGCCUCACAACCCAGCUGUGCACAACAAAAUGCCUUGAACACAAUUGCAAGUUAUUCAUCUUCAGAAGACAACUCAAUUGGUUGGUGCUUGAAGAAGGACCUCACUUGCUCUGGGAAACCUCAAUACCAUUCAUUUUUUAUCAAUUGCGGAGGCCCGUUGAUGAAUUUUGAGGGGGAAGAGUAUGCAGAUGAUUCAGCACCUACGGUGGAUGGUGCAUCAUACUUCUAUCCUGCUGACAGAUGGGCUUCUAGCACUACAGGAAUCUUUUUGAAUAGAAACAAUGCUCUGUACUUUGCCACAAACACAUCAAUGUUGAAGAUGUCUGAUCCAUCCAUAUAUAUGACAGCUCGCACUGCUCCCAACUCACUAAGAUAUUAUGGUCUCUGCUUACGGAGUGGUAGUUAUACAGUGCGGCUCCACUUUGCUGAAAUAACAUUUACAGAAAAUCAGACAUACAGCAGCCUUGGUAGGCGCAUAUUUGAUGUAAUAAUCCAAGGAGAAACACUUGUGAAGAAUUUUAAUAUCGCAGAGGAAGCUAAAGGUGUUGGUAAGAACAUCACUAAGGUAUUUAACAAUGUUACUGUCAAGGGAAGUACUUUGGAGAUCCACCUCUACUGGUCAGGAAAAGGGACUACUGCAAUUCCCUUUAGAGGAGUAUAUGGACCCCUAAUAUCGGCAAUUUCAGUGACGCCAAAUUUUGACACAAACACUGGACUAUCUGUAGGAGCUAUUGUUGGUAUCGUUGCUGCUUCAUGCUUUCUCGUAGCAUUAAUUUUAGUAAUCCUUUGGGUGAAAGGUUGCUUGGGAGGGAAGGAUCUUGAUGACAGAGAGCUACAACCAGGUCACUUCAGUUUGAGACAGAUUAAAGCAGCAACUGGGAAUUUCGAUGCUGCAAAUAAGAUAGGUGAAGGCGGGUUUGGGCCUGUUUAUAAGGGUACACUAUCAGAUGGUACGGUUAUUGCUGUCAAGCAGCUCUCCUCGAAGUCCAAGCAAGGGAACCGUGAAUUUGUAAAUGAAAUCGGCAUGAUCUCUGCUUUACAACACCCAAAUCUCGUGAAGCUUUAUGGAUGUUGCAUUGAAGGAAACCAGCUAUUAUUGAUUUAUGAAUAUAUGGAGAAUAAUAGCUUAGCUCGUGCACUAUUCGGUCGUGAAGAUCAAAGAAUGAACUUAGACUGGCCAACAAGGCAUAAGAUUUGCUUGGGGAUAGCAAAAGGUUUAGCAUAUCUUCAUGAAGAAUCAAGGCUGAAAAUCGUCCAUAGAGACAUAAAGGCAACUAAUGUGCUGCUAGAUAAGGAUCUUAAUGCUAAGAUUUCGGACUUUGGUUUGGCUAAACUUGAUGAAGAGGAGAACACCCAUAUCAGCACCCGAAUAGCUGGAACUAUAGGAUAUAUGGCUCCUGAAUAUGCAAUGAGGGGUUACUUGACAGACAAAGCAGAUGUUUACAGUUUUGGAGUUGUUGCGCUAGAGAUUGUCAGUGGGACGAGCAAUACAAAUUAUAGGCCAAAAGAGGAAUUUAUUUACCUUCUUGAUUGGGCUUAUGUCCUACAAGAGCAGGGAAAUCUCCUAGAACUUGUUGAUCCAAUCCUUGGUUCAAACUACUCCAAAGAAGAGGCAUUGAGGAUGUUGAAUUUAGCUCUCUUAUGCACCAACCCAUCUCCUUCUCUCAGGCCCUCUAUGUCUGCAGCAGUGAGCAUGCUUGAAGGUAAAAUUGCAGUUAAAGCACCUAUUGUAAAACGCAGCUCCAUGACUGAGGAUUUGAAGUUUAAGGCAUUUGAAAAGCUUUCAUUGGAUAACCAAACACACCAUUCAAGCACUUCUCAAGAGAGUCAUGCGCAAAGUAGCGGAUCCAUGAAUGGGCCAUGGAUUGAUUCUUCUAUGUCUAUUCAUAGCGAAGAAGAUACCCGACGCAAUUCUGCAAGGAAGCUUCUCCCUGAUCCUGAGUGACCUUUAUUUUUUUUUUGGGUUUUUUUUUUUUUUGGUGGGGGUUGGGGGGGGUGUGUGGUGGGUGAGCUGGAAGCGAUUUUAUACAAAUUUCUUUAAUUAGAACUUGGAUUAGUUUUCCUUUCUACAGGUCUCUCUACCAAUGGUGAUGUAAGUGUAAUGCAAUGGUUGGACUCUGGGUUCUCAUCUUUUAAUUCCUAACCAUCAUGUUCAUCGUCCGUAAUACACUACUUCAGUCCAAUGCAAAGGUUAUUCGUGAUGAAUGAAGAGAUUCUAUCUUCACCAUGGAUGGAGAGAAAUUGGGUCA